AAAACACAACGCCUCUAUCCCAGAAAAAUAGGGGUUUACAGUCAGCCAGUUGAAAACAAUCGAGUCAAUACCCAAUUAUUCGUAGGUGUUAGACAAUACAUAUUAAUAUGUUUCUUCAUAUUAUAAGGUUCGAAAUGCAAUGGUAACGUAAAAUAUCGUCAGAGCUUCAGAAGUGUAUCGUCGAGUUUAUCGUAACUCCCCUGCCCCUCGAAUGGUUCGGUCGGUUGCUACGUUAUUCUGUGUAGACGUUGUCCGGCUGGAAGGCCAGUUGAGAUGAGGAAGACGCGCCCGGGCUGAAAACAACGAUAAAAACAGAUUUGUAAACGAGAAUAAGAUGGCGGGUCUAAGGCUGAUGAGCGGCAAACACCCCGGGAUGAACCCGGCCGUCAGCUGUUCUCGGCUCCGUCGGGUCCAGGCUCUACUCUCCGAGGGGGGCAGCCCCACCGCGGACGGUGUCCUCUGCGUCCUGGGUAUCGACAGCCGGUACAACGCAGGCUGCACCGAGCUGGCCAACUUCCUGUUCUACGGCCUGUAUGGGAAGAACCAGAUGAACUUGGACCAUGUGCUGGAGGAGUUCCCUGAAGAGGUGUUGGAUGACGUGAUCCUGCUGAUCCAGUGGGACUGUGUCCACCUGUACUGUAACCCCGUCAACUACAGCUACCUGCUGCCAUACGUCUCCCACUGGAGGAACCUCCACCUCUACUGCCUCACACCCAGCGAGUAUGAGGAUGAGGAGGCUGCUGAGGAGUUCAAGAUCUCCAGCUUCGUCUCCAUGAUGAAGGACUGCAGCUGCGUCCGAGUGCCCUUCAGCUCCCAGGGACACAUGCAGAACUUCCACAUGUUCAUGUUGGAGAAGUGGCCCAUCGUCCAAGCCUUCGCCCUGGAGGGCAUCGGGGGAGGGAGCUUCUUCACCAUGAAGUACAAGCUCAUGGACAUCAGUGAGAGGCUGGGGCAGAUGUACAGCCGGCUGGACCCACUGUCCCUGGAGAACAUCCUAGCAGAGGACCUGGUGAACUUUGAGAAGCAGUGGAGUAACUUCUUCUCCAGCAUGGACCUGGAGAGUCAUCUGUCCAUCCAGGAGGUGUCCGAAGCCCAGGCAGGAGAGGUGUUCAGAAGCUACUACUCCCACGGGCUGAUCUCCAGCAACAUCCCAGAGAACAGUAAGGCCAGACAGCCCUUCAUGCUGUUUGGAAGCCAUUCCUCCAAGGAGGAGCUGGAGAGCUACUCCUUCAACUUCCCCUCCGAGAGCCACGUGGUCCGCAGCACCGGCACCCACGGCGGCCCCGCCACACACAUGGUUCUGCAGUGUGUGGCCCCCAAGGGCCCCCUGGCCUGCGCUCGCACCUACUUCUUCGGGACCACGCACAGCCCUUACCUUGGGAAAACAAAUGGCGGACAGCAUAAAACAGAUCACCUGCUCCUGUCCCAGAUCUACUCUGCCGUCGUGCAGGCCGUCCUGGCUGGCAUCAAGUGCUUCUCGUGUUCGUCCAGCUCAUCCAAGGCUAAAGACGUAGCGGAGCAAACCUUUCUUCUGGCUCUGGAGUCCUUGAACUUAAGUCAGUAUCGCAGCGCACUCAGGUCCAAGAGUGAGUUCACCAUCCAGGCUGUGAAUAACGAGGGGAGGGUGGUCCCCCUCAGCGACGAAGGGAGCAGAUACAUGGUGAAAACUGCCUCCAUGACUGUAGCGGACAUCCCAGACCUCCAGCGGGGCAGAGGGGACCUGGGAUCUGUAGUCUUCUCCGAGUGCUUCUUGGAGUCCAGCAUCAACAUUCAGCAGAAAGAUGGCGGUGUUUCUCCUGACUGCUGCUACACCGUCCUCACCACAACGGUCCCUCGUUACGCCUGCUGGCUGGUUGAGGGGGACUUGAAGCAGUCAGAGCAAGCCCAGCUCCUGGUUAAACAGAAGGAAGAGGACACCUGCCUGGGCAGAGCUCUGACGGGGGCGGACGGAGCCUACGUCUGCUCCUCCAGCCUGCUCUCCACCCCCGAGGAGGGAAAGAUCAGCUUCUUCUCGGAGGGACUGCUGUUUGUCCAUCCCCAAUACGGAGCCACCACUCUGUCCACACAACACAUCAGCAGCAUCAGCUUCUUCCAUGAGGACUCUGAAGCGGUGGCCUCUCUGUUCGUGGAGUACGACAACACCCUGUUGGGUCACCUCCCCUUCCCGCUCCAGAGCCCAGACCAAUGCCUCCUCUUCGCCCUCCAGCCCAGGUCCAAGAGCCACAAGGCCUUCUUCUCAAAGGUGCUCUCCGUGUGGAAGAGCUCAGAUUCAGCUCUCCGUCUGCAGCUGGUGGACAAAGAUGAGCUGAGCUGGGACCAGAGGAGCAUGCACAACAGACUGCAGAAGCUUCAUGAGAGCCACGAGCCCCCAGUGGCCAAGAGAAGAGGCAGCAUGAAGACCUCCUACUCCCACCUGCCUGAGCAGGACAUGUUCCUUCAACACUUUUCUCUGAGCAGCGUGGGCCAGGGGCCCAUCCUGAACGACCACCUGGGGGCACUGUUCCCCUCCGCAGACUUAAGGACCCCCCUCACCAAGCCCCCAGACAAGGUGGUCGUCACCGUGGUCUGCGGUCUGCCUGGGAGCUGGAAGAACAGCCUGGCCCAGCUCACCAAGGAGGGAGGAAGUUGGGUGGUGUACCAGCCCGACUCUGACAACAGCGAUGGAUUCUCCGCCUCUCACCUCCAACACUUCCUGUCCAACUUCCUGGACAACCAGCGGGCCGUGGUGCCCAAGUCCCGCCUACUGCUGCUCACCCCAGGGUACACUGAUGUUCUGGAGGUGAUCCAGGCCAUCCUCUCGCACCCUGACCCACUGGUCCAGGCCUGCUUCUCCAUCGGGGCCGUCACGGCUUGUGUGGAGCCCCUCUCCUCCUGCAUGGAGCACAGGUUCACCUUCCCCAAGCUGGUGGAGCAGUGCAGCCAAGGGGUGGUGAGUGCGGUGGUGUUCACGGGCCCGAGUUCCGAGGUGAAACAUCCGUCCAGUCAGUACCUGCACCAGCUGCUGCGGGCCGCCAACCCCAGCGCUGCCUUCAUCCAGGCCGAGGGCGGAGCCGUCACCAGGAACGAGGACGUCAAGCUCAUCCUUUCCGACAGCAGCUUCAACCAGUCCCAGAUGCUGAGGGCCCGAUACCUGCUGUACCCUGGCUGGUGUAAGGGCCACUACGCCACGGGCCUGGGGGGUCUGGUUCUCACCCAGCAACGUCUGCUGUUCCAUCGGCCCUUGGAGAGGCCCCUGUUCACCCAACGCUGCAACGCGCUGAAGUCGUCCCUGACAGGAAACCCCUUCAGAGGAAACCUCUACCACGUCUGGGGGAAGGUCCGCUUCGCUGACUCUGAGAGGAGGAUGGAGGUGAGCUACAACGCUCUGAGCGGGGCUCUGACCGUCACUCCCGACCGGGACCCCACCCAGGGGACCGCCGGCUGCUUCCUCCUGUUCCACGGCGUGGGGCUGACCCCCGACGGACUCAAGGACUGGCUCCGGCUCUGUGCCAAGCAGAAGGAGAUGAAGAAGGUGAAGAGGACCAGGAACAGCAUCUCGCCGCAGGAGAUCAAGAGCAUCCAUGCUUCACGGCACCUGGAGCCGAUGCCCUCCGGCUUCUUCUACAACGGACACCACUUCAUGGACAUCUUCGGAGAGAAGAGGCUCUUCCAUCCCAAUAUGGAGCAGUUCAUCAGAGAGUACGUCUGCGACGCCAACCGAGAGAUAGAGCUCUUCAACAGCCAGCUGGACCUCCAGACACAGCCGGACCUGUUCGACCCCCCUCUGUAGAUCAUCUCCGUCCGUCCGUCUGUCUGUCUUUCUGUCUGUCUGUCAGUGUGUCUUCGUUAAAGCCAAGGGAAUCGUUAAGGGAGGUAUGGGAGGUGGGGGGGUGGUGGGGAUGUAUGUGAACAGACUCCCAGACCUGUGUUGUUUACCGGUCCAGACCAGCGCUCACCAAGCUCUGAGUUUAGCUGCCAGCGUUGCGUUGCAGAGAGCAGAGAGCGUGUCAGCAGGUGAGCUGGGGGCUCAGGGCAGACCUCCGCCCGGCCUCUGGGCUCACCAGACAGAACCCAUGAAGAGACACAGACACACGACAGCACAACCUCCUGGAACCACCCUGAGAGGGGAGCUCCUGUGUGGGAGUGUUGGUGCUCGUGAGAUAGAGAGUGUGUGUGGGUAUGAGAUUGUGUGCAUGAUAGGGAGUGUGUGUGUGUGUGUGUGUGUGUGUGUGUGUGUGUGUGUGUGUGUGUGUGUGUGUGUGUGUGUGUGUGUGUGUGUGUGUGUGUGUGUGUGUGUGUGUGUGUGUGUGUGUGUGUGUGUGUGUGUGUGUGUGUGUGUGUGUGAGAUUGAGAGUGUGUAUGGGGGGAGGGAGGGUGUUAAUGAGGGUUGGCUGGCCCCUGCCGCUAUUCCUCGACUGGCACGAGGAGUCUGUAAUUCUGCCCGGUCCCUGGUGGAUAUUCCCAAGAAUCGCUCCUUCUCUCUGGUCACCCAAUCCCCAGCACACCUGUUGUCUUGUCUGGUUGCCACGGCGGCACGGAGAGGCCUCAGCUUGUGGAGAGGGAGCACUUUGUUAUGUCGCUGUUCGCAU